AUGGGUUUCGCCACCGCAGCUAGCGUAACCAAAGAAUCUGAGGAUGUGAACGUCUACUCAUCGUACGUUGCGAACUUUCUUUCAAACGCGUCUUGGAACGUGCACUCUUUCGAGCAAAAGAGUUCGAGCGAGAAGUUAAAAGCGGAAUUAAAUUUCCUCUUCUCUUUCUCCCAUGUCGCGAGAAGACACAAAAUGCGCGAAGUGCCGCAGCACAAGUUCUACGUGUGGCUUUUGGAUAUCAUCAGACGCGAUCGUUCGGGGAGCGAACAGCCGCUAGACGAUAUGAAUUGCAUACGGCAAGCGGUGAACAUAAUGAGAGAUUUGUUCGAUGUUGCGCCUAACAUCAUCUGGAACUCACGGAAGAAAGAGCUGACGACGAAUAUUCACGCGUGGACGCCUUUAGAUAGCGAAGAAAGACGAGCGAAUGAUAGCAUGAAUGCAUCGUUGAUGUCUCCAAGAGAUAAAACGUUCAACUUGGGUGGUUCCGUUGGUGCUUCUCGCGGCAUCGGCGGUUUCCGAGAUACCGAAGAGCGAGAAACGCUGAAGAACGCGACUUUCUUCGUUUCCACGCAUCAUCGAAAUACCGGUCCGAGAGAGGAUUGGAAGUCCUUCGUUUCGCUCAUAGAAGAGAGCAUGUACACGCCAGAGCAAAUUGAGAAGAUGAAUCGUUCUUCCCGCGCGGCGACUGCUUUGCGAAAAUCCAGGAGAGGAGAUGAAAAAGAAAAAGACAAAGAACAGAACGAAAAAGAAGAAGAAGAAGAAGAGGCGAAAACGACGUGUUCGUACGAUCAGUGCUUUGGAUCGACGCUUUUGUUGGGGCACGUGGCGUAUGUGCUGGAAUACGAUUUGACCGUGCGAAAGGCGUACGCGAUUACGGAACGUAAAAAGAAUACAAGAAAAGCGCUCGAAAACGUUUUUGAUAUUUUCAAGCACUCUUUGGUAUACAGAUUAUUCAGCAUAGAAGCAGAUCAGACUGACGUUUUAAGAAAGCUCGCGCAUGCUGUGAUGCGUGGAUGCGUCGAAGACGAGGAUAGUUUAGAAAAAUUAAUCGGAGGAGGAGCGAAGAAAACGACGCCGGAGGAGUUGGCACGCUUCAAACGCAUCGACGCCUCGACAAAAGAGCUUUCUAAAUCUGCUGCUUCCAUCAUGAAUACGCUGUUAUCAUCGGUAUGGGAUUUGAAGGAGGCAAAUAUUGCAUUGUCAAAAUUUGCAUUAUCGCAACAACGCGAAUCGAGCGCGUCUUUAUCGCCGCUUGGUGCGUCCGUAACUGCGCGCAAGAGUGUGUUCGAUAGGAUGGAAGACAAUGUAUUUGACGCGAUCAAGGACGUUGUUCUAGUUGAAGCCAACAAGAAUAAAUAUGGCGGCUACAAGUUUGCGGCAAAUUAUCUGCGUUCCCUUGGAAGCGAUGAAGUAAAGUUAGAGAUGUUUCGACGAUGUAUGAUGGAAAAAGUGGAUACGUCGAGGAUCGGAACAAAUAUCGCGCGAGAUAAGUUCCCGGCGUUUUCGAAGGACGAUAAAGUCGAGCUAGUGGAUGAAUUGGGGACGUUACUGUGUGAGAAUUACAAAGAAACGAGGGGUGCUGUAAAAGAUAAACUCUUCAACCUCGUCAACCUCGUCUCUUCGAGUUCGAAAGUCCUUCUCGAAAACAAUGACGAUUCGAGGAAAAAGCAAAAGCUCGUCGCAGCGCACGUAGAAUUAGAGAAACAAAUCAGCAUGGGAAGCACGACGAGUAAAGAAGCAGAGUCUCGCGCGAACUUCGUAUCGAGUGUAGUUUUAGGAUUGUAG